UGAUAAUAGUUAUUGGUUAGAUAUACGUGAGGAAUAUAGAUAGCUAUUGAGAAAAUAUCUCAAUAUUUUGACUUAGUCUCUUAAAAUAAUAACUUUAAGAACAUUUCCUCAUUAUUCAUGAAGUCUGGCCAACUGUACUUUUAUUUUGAAGGCGGGACUGUUUUGAACGGCCGUACUUCCGCUCCGAUUGCCUCGCAUGCUAGCGGCUUUCCGUAGCAGCUCACAGCGCGAAGAAUGGAGAAAGAUGAGCUUCGGUGUGUCGAGUGUAACGAAAAGGCGUCGGAGUUACACCGGGAUUACAGUAACGGCAUCCUGAAGAUAACCAUAUGUGAGUCCUGCCAGAAGCCAGUGGAUAAAUACAUUGAAUAUGACCCAGUGAUCAUCCUCAUUGAUGCCAUUCUGUGUAAGACUCAGGCCUUCAGACACAUUUUGUUCAACACAAGCUUGAAUAUCCACUGGAAGCUGUGUGUGUUCUGCCUGCUGUGUGAGGCGUACCUCAGGUGGUCCGCGCUCCACGGCUCCGAGCGGAGCAGCGACCCGGCCGACAUCAUCAGGUACACCAAGGAAUGGGAGUUCUACGGCAUGUUUGGAUUGGCCGCGCUCGAGCUGGCGGCGUUCUGCGGCGGCGUGCUGUGGUUCCUGUGGGCGGUGGUGGGUCGCCUGCGGGGCGGGACCCCCGAGCUCAGCCUGCUCCUCAGAGCCCUGCUGCUGUCCUGCUACGGCAAGGUCCUCCUCAUCCCCGCGGUCAUCUGGGAGCACGACUACUCGCCGCUCUGCCUCGGCCUCAUCAAACUGUUUGUGCUCACCUCAAACUCACAGGCUAUCAGAGUGAUCCUGAACAGCAGUAGACGUCUGUCGUUGAUGGCCGUGUGGGUGGGCCUGCUGUCAGAGACCUGCGUGGCUCAGGUCUGUUCAAAGCUUCAGUGGAGCGUCCAGGAAGUGCUGACUUUUGACUGAAUGUUUGCCUCGUCAGACCGAGACAGAUGUCAGUUAUCUCAGGGAUGAACGGGUGGUGGUGGAAGCCAACCUGUGUCACAGAGAGGCAGUUUUUAAUGAACCCUCUACGCACGGUGUUGGAGAAGGGAAAGGACAAGUCAUGUUCUUAAAGGUCUCAAACAGAGACCGAGAGCAGCAGAAGACACUUUUUUUUUUUGCAUUUAUAAAGAAAAAUAUCUUUUUAUUUGGGUCUGAUGUGGAGGAGGAGGCAUCGGCCCUCCUCUUGUUUUUCACUUUGGUUUUAAAGUGAACAACGAGCUCCCGAGUCGAGAUUCCUGUGAGAUUUUUAUUUGGAUUUGAUUACUUUAUUAAGAGAUCCCCAGAGAGGAGCUGCAGCAUGGGAACGUCUCCUGAUCUAAAUUGCUCUUAAUUCCCAGGACCACUCUAAUGAAUGACACAAACACAGACCCUGAGGUUGUAAUUCGACUAUAACUACUUCUCUGUUUGGACAGGAACCAGCCAACACUCUUCACAUUCUUUCGGCUCAUUGUUGAAACGCUUACUUAAACUCUCACAUACUCACACACAUACAGAAAACACAGGAGGGGGAAACUGUCAGACAUAACUGACUUUUCCUCUUUACUGGAACGUUAAGAGCUUGUGAUAAUGGGAUAGAAACGAGGCUGCCAAUGUUAAAGUUGUGGUUUGACUUUGAUUAAUCCAAUAAUCGCUAACUCUGUAAAAUGUCAUAAAGUAGUUAAAAGACAAUGCAUCUUCCAGUUUCCCACAGUCCAAAGUUACGUCUUCAGAUUCCUUGUUUUGUCUGAGCGACAGUCCGAUAUUGUUUAUUUUUGUCGUCAUACGGCACCUAAACUCACCAUUGCAUCUAAAACUAAUGGUGGUCAAUUGCAAAUGAAGGCAGGGUCCGCCAUUUAUUUUUUUAUUUAUUUGUUGUUUAAAACCCCGACGAAGACCAACGGUGGUCAAAAUGUGAUUUAGCCUCUACAAUAAAGGCUUUUCUUAAUA